GAGCCGGUGAAUGGGCUUGUGGUGACCCCCGCCCCCCACCCCACCCUCCCUUCCCACCCGACCCCCAACCCCCAUCCCCAGUUGGAGCCGCCGCCCGAGAGAGGCCGGGCCGCCGUCUAGGGAGGAGUCGCGUCGCCACCUCCGCCAUGGAGCUGAUCACCAUUCUCGAGAAGACCGUGUCUCCGGAUCGGCUGGAGCUGGAAGCUGCGCAGAAGUUCCUGGAGCGCGCAGCCGUGGAGAACCUGCCCACUUUUCUUGUGGAACUGUCCAGAGUGCUGGCAAAUCCAGGAAACAGUCAGGUUGCCAGAGUUGCUGCUGGUCUACAAAUCAAGAACUCUUUGACGUCGAAAGAUCCAGAUAUCAAGGCGCAGUAUCAGCAGAGGUGGCUUGCUAUCGAUGCUAAUGCACGGCGGGAGGUCAAGAACUAUGUUUUGCAGACCUUGGGCACAGAGACGUACCGGCCCAGCUCUGCCUCACAGUGUGUGGCUGGUAUCGCUUGUGCAGAGAUCCCAGUAAACCAGUGGCCAGAACUCAUUCCUCAGCUGGUGGCCAAUGUCACAAACCCCAACAGCACAGAGCACAUGAAAGAAUCAACAUUGGAAGCUAUUGGUUACAUUUGCCAAGACAUAGACCCAGAGCAGCUGCAGGACAAAUCCAAUGAGAUUCUGACUGCCAUAAUCCAGGGGAUGAGGAAAGAAGAGCCGAGCAAUAAUGUGAAGCUAGCUGCUACUAAUGCACUCCUGAACUCGCUGGAGUUCACCAAAGCCAACUUCGACAAAGAGUCUGAAAGGCACUUUAUUAUGCAGGUGGUCUGCGAAGCCACCCAGUGUCCAGAUACAAGGGUACGAGUGGCUGCUUUACAGAAUCUGGUCAAGAUAAUGUCCCUGUAUUACCAGUACAUGGAGACCUACAUGGGCCCGGCCCUGUUUGCAAUCACAAUCGAAGCAAUGAAAAGCGAUAUAGAUGAGGUGGCCCUACAAGGAAUAGAAUUCUGGUCCAAUGUCUGUGACGAGGAGAUGGACUUAGCCAUCGAGGCUUCCGAGGCAGCAGAUCAAGGACGGCCCCCUGAGCACACCAGCAAGUUCUAUGCCAAGGGAGCGCUGCAGUACCUGGUUCCCAUCCUCACACAGACGCUAACGAAGCAGGACGAGAACGAUGAUGAUGAUGAUUGGAACCCCUGCAAGGCAGCCGGUGUGUGCCUCAUGCUUCUGUCCACCUGCUGUGAGGACGACAUAGUGCCGCAUGUCCUCCCCUUUAUCAAGGAGCACAUCAAGAACCCGGACUGGCGGUACCGGGAUGCCGCCGUGAUGGCCUUCGGCAGCAUCCUAGAAGGCCCAGAGCCCACUCAGCUCAAACCACUAGUCAUACAGGCUAUGCCCACCCUAAUAGAAUUAAUGAAGGACCCCAGCGUGGUCGUCCGAGACACAACUGCGUGGACGGUGGGCAGGAUCUGUGAGCUGCUCCCCGAAGCUGCCAUUAAUGAUGUCUACUUGGCACCCCUGCUGCAGUGUCUGAUCGAGGGCCUCAGUGCCGAGCCCCGCGUGGCUUCCAACGUGUGCUGGGCUUUCUCCAGUUUGGCUGAAGCUGCUUAUGAGGCUGCUGAUGUAGCUGAUGAUCAAGAAGAACCAGCCACCUAUUGCUUGUCCUCUUCUUUUGAGCUCAUAGUUCAGAAGCUGCUGGAGACCACGGACAGGCCCGACGGCCACCAGAACAACCUAAGGAGCUCCGCAUAUGAAUCGCUCAUGGAGAUCGUGAAGAAUAGCGCCAAGGACUGCUACCCUGCAGUCCAGAAGACGACUCUGGUCAUCAUGGAGCGGCUGCAGCAGGUGCUGCAGAUGGAGUCACAUAUCCAAAGCACAUCUGACAGGAUCCAGUUUAAUGACCUGCAGUCUUUACUCUGCGCCACGCUCCAGAACGUCCUGCGGAAGGUGCAGCACCAGGACGCCCUGCAGAUCUCUGACGUGGUCAUGGCCUCCCUGCUGAGGAUGUUCCAGAGCACAGCCGGCUCCGGGGGCGUGCAGGAGGAUGCCCUGAUGGCUGUCAGCACCCUGGUGGAAGUGUUGGGCGGCGAGUUCCUUAAAUAUAUGGAUGCCUUCAAACCCUUCCUGGGCAUCGGUUUGAAGAAUUAUGCUGAGUACCAGGUUUGCUUGGCAGCCGUGGGCUUGGUAGGAGACCUGUGCCGGGCUCUUCAGUCCAACAUCUUACCUUUCUGUGAUGAGGUGAUGCAGCUACUGCUGGAGAACCUGGGGAAUGAGAAUGUCCACAGGUCUGUGAAGCCGCAGAUUCUGUCGGUGUUUGGUGAUAUUGCUCUUGCAAUCGGUGGAGAGUUUAAAAAAUACCUAGAGGUUGUGCUUAAUACUCUGCAGCAGGCCUCCCAAGCCCAGGUGGACAAGUCGGACUAUGACAUGGUGGAUUAUCUCAACGAGCUCAGAGAAGGCUGCCUGGAAGCUUACACCGGCAUCGUGCAGGGACUGAAGGGAGACCAAGAGAAUGUACACCCGGAUGUGAUGCUGGUACAGCCAAGAGUAGAAUUUAUUCUGUCUUUCAUUGACCACAUCGCUGGAGACGAAGAUCAUACGGAUGGAGUAGUGGCCUGUGCUGCUGGCCUGAUAGGGGACUUGUGUACAGCCUUCGGGAAGGAUGUCCUGAAAUUAGUAGAAGCUAGGCCAAUGAUCCAUGAACUGUUAACGGAAGGGCGGAGAUCGAAGACUAACAAAGCGAAAACUCUUGCGACAUGGGCAACUAAAGAACUGAGGAAACUGAAGAACCAAGCUUGAUCUGCUACCGUUGGGAUGACAACCUGAGACCCCCACUGGAAAUCUCCAAUCUUUUGACAAACCCGGAAGUGAGGAGUGUGCACGGAUGCUGAGUGUUUGGGAGUGAGAGGGUGAGUGAGUGAGGCUUGAAACACACCACAUUGAAAUCCUGCCGCAGCAGCCGCCGCCGCAGCCGCAGCGCUGUUGGGGAGCUCAGCGAGCACUGACUUCUAGGAGACCCCGACAGACGAGGCCAGCCUGGAGGAGAGGCGCGGGUGUGCCGGCGACGCUGGCUCUUCGGAGGCUGGGGCUGGCUUCUGUGUCUGCGGCGAGCCGAGCGCCGCGGCUGGGUCGGGCGGAGGCUGGCCCUGCUGCGUGCUGUGCUGCGAGGCGGCCUGGCUGUGCUACUGAGGAGAAGGGAGCUGGUCGCGGGCGCCUCCGCUGUCCCUGUGCGCGGGCCUGUGUGCCUGUGGGAGGAGGGGGCAGGGGCACUAGGGUCUGAGAAUGAGUGUGUGUGAGUGCGGCGGGACCCACAUUCUCAACUUCAAGUCAUUGCGGUUUCUUUUUCCCAGAAAGCGAGGGUUAGAUGUUGCAUUUCAUAAACUAACCGAAGUUCUGUCUACUGAUGCAGCACAAGAGAUGUUUAAAAGGAAAAAAAGGAAAGACGCUGUUUAGGUUUGGUUUUUGUUUGUUUUUUUAAUUACUCUAGGGAAACACUGACCACCAUCAGGGCUUCUACCUGGUAUCUCCCUCAAAGCGCCUUUCCUGAGAAUACGGCUCAACUGUGAAUGUAGGAGGGGGGAGAAGGAACUCCGAGGUAGAGGGUAGAGGAAAUUAAAACGCAGACUUCAGAGACUAAAGAGCCACAGCCCAACCAAAUUCUAAAUGCUCAAAAUUGGCAGCAGAAAAUCAAAGCUCUCUCCUGACUUGUAUUGUGGCAGUCUGAAUGCCCCCAGCAACAAUUGUGCCAAAGACAUUAGAAAAGAAAUACAUGAUAAAAGUAAAUAGACACACACACAAAACAGCCAACUUCAGGUCACUAUUUUGGAUUGCAAAUGAGGAUAAAUUUAAUGUUCAAACAAUCUGAUAAAAUAACCAUUUGGAAACUGCUUGGCCUUCUGUUCUCUUUUCUUUGAUUGAGUACAAUGCGGUAUUGGUCUCUUGCUGCACUUUGAAAACCCUAACCUAACAUAAAGGGCCGGAGUGGGCGUGUGUGUCUGCACACCGCCCAGAGCCUAGCGGUGCAGUGGCGCUCGCCCAGGAGUCUGUCUGUCCACUAACGUGGAGGUCAUUGAAGCGGUGUCAGACAUCCCGACUCACACGCUUUAGUACUUUUUAAAAAGUGUGAUGUGCUGUGCUGAUCAUAAAUCAGAAUAUUUUCCCUUUUACAAGGGGAACAGGGCACCCUAAAUUUUAGAAUCUUAGCAAUAAGAAGGAAUGUCAGUGAGCUUUGAUCAUAUCUUUGAGUUGAGCAGAUACUAGGUUUUUUGCUGGCAUUUUGAAUAUGCUGCUUUGGAAAACAUCACAGAAGUUUUUUCUAAAUUGCUUCCUGGUUAAUAGGAGGAUUAAAAUCAGGACCUCAUGCUAGCAGAGGCUUGCAUUUUCCCCCAUGUCUUUCUUUUUGCCCCUCCCCGCAGCCUUCGUUCCUGAGUGGGAUUGGCUCGGUUUUGCUCACCUCAUGGCAGCAUCUCUAAUAGCUCUUGUACAGGGUAUCAGAUAUUGUGCCUUUUGGUGCCAGGUUCAAAGUCAAGUGCCGAUCUAUGAACCAGUGUACAAAAAAAAAAAAAAUCCAGGUGUUUGAAGGAGGGCCACUCCAUGGUGCCGAGGAAAAGAGCCGAGGACACCAGCUCCCCAGCCCCACUGCACUGUGCUGGGGGCCUGGGCUCUGCUGCCUUGUUUUAGUUUCUCUCAGAAGCAGGUGUUAGACUAAGCAUUCCUGAUAGUAGAUAGGGCUGGAGCGGGCGUAGGGAGGAGGGGCAGGAAUCUUGUGAAAGGCAAAUAAUCUGAUCAUUCCUCAGUGCUACCUGUGUCUGUCCUGUGUGAGCUGCUUAGCUAGACAGCAGCAGGAGAAUAAAGAACACCGAGAACCGCAAUGAAAACAAAACCUCGCGUGUGCUUUGUCGUGUGUGGUUCCAGGGGAGCAGCUGGUGCGUGCUGUGGUGCACGCGCGCUCCCAGGGCCCACGGCGGCUGGACAGGAGACCACGGCUGCUUGGAUUGUGGUCUUGGUGCCUUGCAGACGUCUGCAUUGGUUUUGCAUUUAGCCCUCUCUCCUAGCUCCCUGUCCUUAGUCCUCGGCACUGCCCACCGCGCCUGGAUGCGGGUGUACCCUGCAUGCGCUUGGCCGGGCCCCCCACCCUGUCUCCUCGGCACAUUCCUUCAGAAUGUCCUGACAGUCUGCUUGGGAAGAUGUCGGUGCAAGUGGGAAGAAAACGGGCGUCGGACUAGACUUGGGUUUGUGGCGAGUGGCAGCUGCCUAUACAGUUACACUUAUUAAUUUUGUUCUUCAUUCUCUCCAGUUGCCCUCAGCCCUCCUCUGUUGAAAUGUUGACAUUUUAGCUGUCAGAGGCAACUAUCAUUGCCCUAGGGACUUGGAGAGAAAGGGCAGGGAAUCGCUCAGUGUAGUGUUUUAACUCUCUGAACCAAGCAGUCUCAUUUAAUCUUCCUAUUUAAGAAGCGUGUUAGUCCAACCUUAAGAGAAAUCCAAACUCCAUCAGCUUUCAAUAGCGUCUUGGUUUUGGAAGCAUCUUUGAUCUGUAAUUGGCAUUCAGAAUGCCUUUGGCAUGCCAGUCUGUGUGAUGGCAUUAAAGACCUGUUAAAACACUUGAGCCCAACUUUAUUAACCAAAACUGAUCCCACCACCUUUAUCUUCUAAAUAAAGUCCGCUUUAUUUUUAUUUUCAA